UUACGAUCGCGUACGUGAAAAAUGAGUUCCGAGAAGAAAGUUUUGUUGAUUUGGGGAAGUGGGUUCGUUUGUUUUCUCGUGUUCGUCGUCUUAGCUUGCCUUAUGAGACGAUCUGUUCUUAAUACGACGAAGGUUUCUCCGACGUUUUAAAGUGUCGGGGCUUUUUUUCAGUAUGAAACUGCGUGCCGUUUUAUUUCGUAUAAAACGGCAAAAUCUCGGAGAGCAAAUUGUUCAGCCGCCACGUAGUUCUUUUUGCCUUUUAGAUUUUCUCAGCCUCUUGUUUCCCGAGAAAAACCCUGGCGAUUUUCGGGUUCGGCCGCGGCGGUGGUAUUUGGCUCUAAGAGCGAGUCGCAAGCGAUUUUCUUCCCGGAGUUGAUACAUUCUCAACGUCGGCGGAGUUGUUGGUUCUUUUAGGAGAUUAUGGCGACGGAGCUGGAAGAGCUUGUAGAGUUUUUGUCUUCUCCUUCUCCUCCGGUGAAGAAAGCUGCGGUGGAGAUUGUUACCGGGUUAACCGGUUCUGAGGAUGGUUUGGAAUCUUUAUCGAAGUACGCUAAGAUGCUUCUUCCAUCGUUGUCUCGGCUUCUGUCCGAAAGCAAGGAGGUCUCGGAACUGGCUGCUCAGGCACUAGUGAAUCUUUCCCAGAACACUGAUUUGGCUAGGAAGAUGGUUCAGAUGGGGAUGAUCAAAGUGGCCAUGGAUCUUUUGUAUAAGCCAGAUUCUAGCAUUACCCGGUUGCUUGUCAUGCUUUUAGUCAACCUCACUCAGUUGGAUGACGGCAUUUCCUCCCUGCUUCAGAUUGGUGAUGAGAAGAUGCAGGGAUUAUAUGUUAUGAAGCUUGUUAGAUCAUUUUGUAGAUCCUCUGGUGAAAGUGCAGAUGACCCAUUUGAGCAUGUUGGCUCAAUACUUGUCAACGUAUCAAAAACAGAAAUGGGUAGAAAAGUGUUGCUGGAUUCAAAGAGAGGGAUGCUAAAGCAAAUUAUCAGGCAGUUUGAUUCAACAAAUCAACUGCGAAAGAAGGGGGUAUCAGGGACUAUUCGCAAUUGCUGUUUUGAAGCCGAGAACCAGCUCCAAAAUCUGCUCUUGAUAUCUGAGUUCCUAUGGCCAGCUCUACUUCUGCCAGUUGCAGGCAGUAAGAUAUAUAGUGAACAAGAUAUCUCAAAAAUGCCGCUUGAGCUGGGAAGUGCGCUUUCCAUUGAACGAGAACCAGUAACCGAUCCUGAGAUUCGUGUCCAGGCACUGGAAGCUAUAUAUUUGAUCACAUUACAAGAGGCGGGAAGAAGGGCGUUUUGGUCCAUCAAUGGACCUCGUAUCCUACAGGUUGGAUACGAAGAUGAACACGAUCCUAAAGUAAUGGAAGCAUACGAGCAAGUCGGUUCCAUGCUUGUUCAAGAGACUGGAGCUACUGAAACAUCAACCGAUCCGACCAAAGCAGAGUCCUAAUUUACACAGUUUGCAGCCAUUUUUGCUGUGUCGGAGCAAGAAGCGACCAAGAACCAGAGUCUUGAUUUGUGACAUAAAUUGUUUUUCUCUUUAGGAGUUGUUAUGGUCUACUUGUAUUGUAUGGGAAUAUGGGAAUAGAAUUUCAUUGAAGCGCAUAAUUAUUGCCGCCCCACAAGGAAGCCAGCAAAUGUCUGCCCAAUUGAAUAAAAAGGACAGUGAGGCAAUCA